GGCCACCGUAGUAGCGGCGCUCUGAUCCCCAUGACAACAGGGAGAAGCAGCGGGAGGCUUCUGGGCGGUGCAGUAGCUGCGGCCGAUUGGAGCAAACAAGGAGCGGAAUCCGUGGACUGCCCGCGGCCCCGAGGGCGCAGCUCCUGGACUGACUGGCGCUGUCCUGCCCAAUGGACGCCUCCUCUAGCCCGUGGAAUCCAACCCCGGCUCCCGUCAGCAGCCCCUCCCUGCUGCUCCCCAUCCCUGCCAUUGUCGUCCUCGCUGUGGGCAUCUAUUUGUUGCUGCUGGGCCUAGUGCUGCUGACUAGGCACUGCCUGCUGGCCCAGGGCUGCUGCACAGACUGCAGCUCCCCCUGCAGGAAGCAAGGCGCCUCCAGGCCCCAAGACUGUUGCUGGACCUGCGCAGAAGCCUGUGACUUUCCUCUGCCCAGCCCAGCCCACUACCUGGAUGCCUGCUGCCCCCAGCCCGCCGAAUCUGAUUGGGCCCCUCGCUGCCCUCGCUGCUGCCCGCUCUGUGACUGUGCCUGUGCGUGCCAGCUUCCUGACUGCCAGAGCCUCAACUGUCUCUGCUUUGAGAUCAAGCUCCGAUGACAAGACGCAGGGUCCCUGCCCUUUGGGGAGCGGCCAGCUCCCAGGGCCCACAGGCCCUGUACCCUGAGGGGCCUCAGGACACUUUUCUCCAGGCUAUUGGAACCACAAAUGGACUACCCAGCUCACCAGCCUGGCAACCAGCAGUGGAGAGCCUGCCUCCCUGCAGAGUGGGACUCAAGGAGCCCUCCGCCAGCUGCAUGGCGGCCCCUUUGGAGGGCCAGAAGAGAGAGUGGCUGGUGCUCUGCCAGAUCCCUGUCCAAAGAUUUCUCCUGACAACCUUUUGAGGGCAUCAGUCUGGAUUUCCAAGGAAGAAAUUUCCUCUGAAGUACUGGUGAGUGGACAGGGGACCCUCCCCCCACCCCCAAAGAGGCAGGCCCACAGCUUCCUCCCCAUCCUUCACUUUAGGCCCCCAGCUGGCAUGAAUGUCAGGAGCUUCAGGUUUCCCUAAAUAUAGAUCCCCUGCCAGGGGAUCUGUGGUGAGGAAAGGGCAAGGGUCACCGGAGAAGGUCGGGGACAUUGGUUGGGGGUAGGGCAGGAGCUGCCUUAUAACCCAGCCCGGGUGUGGCCUGACUCACUCGCUGCUGACCAGGCUCUGCCCGCUCCUUCGGCCUCCUCCUCGCAGGUGGGCGCCAGCAGGACGGAGCGGGGGUGGGGCUGGGCUGAAGGCGUCGGGAUUAAGAGGGGAGACCUGGCGGGUAGGAUAGGGAGGCUAGAAAAAUAUCUGGGAGGCUGACAGCGGGCGGACGGAUUUUAUUUUGGAGAAGGAAGUCAGUGCCAGGGAGAAGUUUCGCAGGGACUCUGGCCUCGCCUCCCCAGACUUGCUUGGGCAGAGUGGUAGCCGGCGGGUUUCCGCUGGGUCUGGCUUUCGGGGGGCGGCCCGGGCGGCGGGAGCCAGACCCGCCGGAAUGGGGCGCAGAUGUCUCCCCGCGGGACACCCGGAACCGCUGCCGCCUCGCCUCCGCCCCUUGCCAACCCCUGCCGUCUCCUCGCGCUCCCCGUGCGUGCCCUCGCCGCCCUCUCUUCCGCCGGGGCUCGCAGUCGCUUGACCUCUGGAUUCGGUUACAACGCGACGCACGCUGCCUCAGCGCAGCCGGAAGCUGGGGCUGCCCCGGGCCGCUGGACUGGGCCCCUGGCGGGGGAAGCUGAGCCUCAGUCUUUUCGGGAUGUGCCACCCGCUUUUCUCCGACCCGACCCCCACCGCAUCCCCAUCUCUGCCGGUGCCCCAAAUCGGCUGAGUCACAGCGCCCCAAAGCACGCCAAGCGGGGGGGGGGGGAGGAGAAGGGAGAGGGAGGGGAGGGCCCCCGCGACCCGCGGGAUGUGGCCCGA